ACAUCUGUGUCAUUCUAUGUCGCUGACAGAGGAAAAGCCUUGGGGAGACCUUAUCCUGAUGACAAUAUAUAUUUUUACUUUAACCAGCCGUAUUAGCGUGAAAUGGGAAACAGCUGAGGAGUCGUUUCUUGCAGAUGCAUCGCAGUAUGGCUGUUUACAGAAGGGAAUUAUUCAUAUGAAAAUGUAAUCUGCUGUUACAGGCUGGCACCCUAAGAAUAGGAUUUCUUGGGUAGAAACUGAUUCCUAGACUCUCGGCCAUGGCUCCGAGGAAGAGGAGUAACCGUGGGAUCUCCUUCAUAUUCUGCUGUUUCCGGAGCAAUGACCAUCCGGAGAUCACAUACCGGUUACGCGAUGACAGCAAUUUUGCCCUGCAACCAAUGGAGCUGGCGUUGCCUGUCCCACCACUUGAUGAACUUGAUGCCAUGUUUGCUGAGCUGGUGGAUGAACUGGACCUCUCUGACAAGCACAGAGAAGCCAUGUUUGCCCUUCCAGCUGAGAAGAAAUGGCAGAUUUACUGUAGCAAGAAAAAGGACCAGGAAGAAAAUAAAGGUGCUACAAGUUGGCCUGAGUUUUACAUUGAUGAGCUGAAUUCUAUGGCGGCUAGAAGAACAUUGCUGGCAAUGGAGAAGGAGGAUGAGGAAGAACGGAACAAGACCAUAGAGAGUUUAAAGACUGCCCUGAGGACGAAACCGAUGAGGUUUGUUACCAGAUUCAUAGAGAUGGAUGGUUUAACGUGUAUUUUGAACUUCCUCAAAAAUAUGGACUAUGAUAUUGCAGAAUCCCAAAUACAUACCUCUCUCAUUGGCUGCAUCAAGGCACUAAUGAAUAACUCUCAGGGGAGAGCUCACGUCUUGGCCCAUUCAGAGAGCAUCAAUGUCAUCGCUCAGAGCCUGGCCACAGAGAACAUCAAGACUAAAGUAGCGGUGCUAGAAAUAAUGGGGGCUGUCUGCUUGGUUCCUGGCGGACACAAAAAAGUUCUGGAAGCCAUGUUACACUACCAGAGAUACGCCAGCGAGAGAACACGCUUCCAGACCCUAAUUAAUGACCUGGAUCGGAGUACAGGGCGGUACCGCGAUGAAGUCAGCUUGAAGACUGCAAUCAUGUCCUUUAUUAAUGCUGUCCUUAGCCAAGGAUCUGGUGUGGAAAGCUUGGAUUUCAGACUUCAUCUCAGAUAUGAAUUCCUAAUGUUAGGAAUCCAGCCAGUUAUUGAUAAACUCCGGGAACAUGACAAUUCAACGCUAGACAGGCAUUUAGAGUUUUUUGAGAUGCUACGGAAUGAAGAUGAACUUGAAUUUGCCAAAAGAUUUGACCUGGUUUACAUAGACACUAAAAGCGCCACUCAGAUGUUUGAGUUGAUAAGGAAGAGGUUAACACACUCAGAAUGCUAUCCACACUUUAUGUCCAUACUUCAUCACUGCCUCCAAAUGCCUUACAAAAGAAGUGGCAACACUGUGCAUUACUGGCUGCUUCUGGAUCGGAUAGUUCAGCAAAUAGUAAUCCAGAAUGACAAAGGACAGGACACAGACAUCUCUCCGCUGGAAAAUUUCAACGUCAAAAAUGUUGUUAGAAUGCUGGUUAAUGAGAAUGAAGUCAAACAGUGGAAGGAGCAGGCCGAGAAAAUGCGAAAAGAGCACCACGAGCUCCAACAGAAACUGGAGAAGAAAGAGCGAGAGUGCGAUGCGAAGACUCAGGAGAAAGAGGAGAUGAUGCAGACACUGAACAAAAUGAAAGAAAAGCUGGAGAAGGAGUCCAGUGAGUGCAAGCAAGUGAAACAGCAGGUGGUGGAGCUCACAGCCCAGAUCCAGGAGCUGAACAGUCGGGCAAUCUGUGCCCCCGUUCCUGGAGGUCCUCCUCUACCACCAGGCGCACCUGGUGGUCCAAUUUCUUUGCCACCUGGAAUCAUGAUGCCACCACCACCACCACCACCGCCUGUCCCAGGUGGAAUGGCUCCUCCACCCCCGCCACCACCUCCUCCGCCUGGAGGUCCACCACCUCCACCUGGUCUUCCAUUUUUAAGUGGAUUAGCUGCAUCUCCUGGAGCUCCAUUAGGUCCAUCAUUGAAAAAGAAAAAUGUUCCUCAGCCAACGAACCCCCUCAAAUCUUUCAACUGGUGUAAACUGCCAGAGAAUAAGUUGGAUGGAACCCUGUGGGUUGAUAUUGAUGACAGCAAAGUUUUCAAAAUAUUAGAUCUUGAAGAUAUUGAGCGAACAUUCUCAGCAUACCAAAGACAGCAGGAUUUCUCCAUGAAUGGCAUCAAACAGGGGCUCUUCAGAAGAGAUACAUUUAACGUUCCGAAAGAAACAGAUUCUAAUGAUGAUACACUAAGUUCAAAAAUGAAAGUAAAGGAACUUUCUGUGAUAGAUGGCAGAAGGGCACAGAACUGUAAUAUUCUCCUAUCCAGGCUGAAGUUGUCGAACGAUGAAAUAAAGCGUGCUAUUCUGACAAUGGAUGAGCAGGAAGACCUUCCAAAGGACAUGUUAGAACAGCUACUGAAGUUUGUGCCAGAGAAGAGUGAUAUUGACUUGCUAGGAGAACACAAACAUGAACUGGAUCGUAUGGCCAAAGCAGACCGGUUCCUCUUCGAGAUGAGCAGGAUUAAUCAUUAUCAGCAACGGUUGCAGUCUCUGUACUUCAAAAAAAAGUUUGCGGAAAGAGUUGCUGAAGUGAAACCAAAGGUGGAAGCAAUCCGCUCAGCCUCCAAGCAGGUUCUGCAGAGUAAAAGCUUAAAGCAGCUGUUGGAAGUUGUCCUGGCUUUCGGGAACUACAUGAAUAAAGGACAGAGGGGGAACGCUUACGGGUUUAAAAUCUCCAGCCUAAAUAAAAUCGCUGAUACCAAAUCCAGUAUCGACAAGAAUAUUACCCUCUUGCACUAUCUUAUAACCGUGGUAGAAAAGAAGUAUCCCAAAAUUGUCACUCUGCACGAAGAGCUCCAGAGUAUCCCUGAGGCUGCAAAAGUAAAUUUGACUGAAUUGGACAAGGAAAUAAGCACCUUAAGAAAUGGCUUGAAGGCUGUGGAAAGUGAGCUGGAAUAUCAGAAGACUCAGCCCUCGCUGCCUGGAGAUAAGUUUGUGUCCGUUGUUAGUCAGUUUAUUACCGUAGCCGGAUUCAGCUUCUCUGAUGUUGAAGAUCUACUAACAGAAUCCAAGGAGUUGUUUGUGAAGUCAGCCAAACAUUUUGGGGAAGAAGCCAACAAGAUUCAGCCGGAUGAGUUCUUUGGGAUUUUCGAUCAGUUUCUCCAGGCGUUUUCUGAAGCCAAACAGGAAAACGAGAACAUAAGAAAGAGGAAGGAAGAGGAGGAGAGGCGGACACGUAUGGAGGCACAGCUGAAGGAGCAGCGCGAACGAGAACGCAAGGCUAGGAAAGCAAAAGAAAAUGGAGAGGAAGAGGGAGAGUUUGACGACUUGGUCUCUGCUCUCCGAUCUGGCGAAGUCUUCGAUAAGGACCUUUCUAAACUUAAAAGGAACCGCAAACGAAUUGCCACCCAGGCGACGGAGAACAGCCGGGAAAGACCGGUUACAAAGCUGAAUUAUUAAGUCACUUAGUGGAAAAUCUCUCCACCGUCAAUGACACUGCCGUAAAAUCAGAAGGGUAGCGGGGUGUGUACAUAUGUACUUUAUGUAUAGUAUUGUGUGUGCGAAUGUAUUUGUGUAAAGCAUUUUAUACACUUGCACACGUAUAUGUAUAUAGUUUGGAGGAAUUCACGCACAUAUUGAAUAUGUGAUUUACUGCAGUAUUAUGUAUAUAUGUGUACAGAGGCACAUGUAUACAUACCCGCUGUGUAUAAAUGUUUUAUUCUGUGUCUUUGUUUUUUUUUGUUUUUUAUUGAAAACGUAUAUAUUUUUUCUUGUAGUGCAAAAGCACAAUUAAGGCAGGCGCAUUCCUAAAACACAUGAUCCGCUUGUUCAUUGUCCGUUCCAAAGCUAAAAUGUGCAUGUGGUGUGUGUAGGCAGCCAUUUUGAGAAUGUAGCCUCUCCAUUAAUGAUGCCACUGGUUCCUUGUGAAUUCAAAGGCUGCUGGCACACUGGUGAAUAUUGGUGUAGGUUACAAAAUGGCUGCCUCCACUACAUAUGAGUGACAACUGCACUUUAAAAGGGUUGAAAAAAAAGAAAAAAGAAUAUAUUUAUUGUAGAAGUGUGUCUUAUAUGAAAACACAUGGGGUUACAAAUAUGUAUAUCAAAUCACAGCAGCGUUCGUUUUAGAAUUACCUUAAUUAUGCAAUAAAAUGCAGAUUUAUUAUGUAAAGGGAGGGGGGCGGCUUUGCUGAGUUCUGUCAAAAAAACGUGCACUCUGAAAAACUCCUUUGGGAAUCAGAUGCGUGUGCUUAAAUGUAUGUCACCUUAUAGUUUCAUUAUUAUUCAUUUAGAUAGAAAUAGAAGUCCUUUCCAUUAGUUAGUACUAGAGCAUCUUCCAUAUCUGUACUGGACCAAUAUUCCAUUUAUUGUCUUUAUGUAAAACAUGCUGAGCGCAUCACACACCUAGCACACAUACUCAGCACUGAUUACAAAGAUCUCAUCUCAUUACUACUGAUUGCAUCGGUCUGUGUGUUUCGGGCUGGUUUCUGUGUUUUGUUUUUUUAUAUAUAUAUAUAUGGAGAGAAUUGAGGUUUAUCGUCAUUACAAAAGGUUUAAAGUUGUAGGUAGAGCUAUCAUCUCUUUGUGAUAAAAUACUGUAAAGAAUUGAAAAAAAAAUAUUUUUAUACUGGAGUAUUUUAGUGUCCAGCUCCCCCAAAAAAUAAAAGGGGUCUUUUAGAAUCUGUCAGUCGUGCUAUGCUCAUUGGCCACAUUGGUGGGUGAUUGCCCACCCCUGGCAUCCACAGCGUGUUCUUCUAAAAGGUUUCAGAGAUAUUUUGAUUGAGCUUUAUGUUCUUUUUGAGAUAUGCGGGCAUAUGUCGUCGGGUCAGAGUUUGGCGGAGGUGUGGAAUGCUGGGCGAUCUCAGAUGGAUUUUAAAGCAACAAUCAUUUACACCACAUGGUUUUCCCUUGUAAAUGAUUUCCAGUUUAAAAACCUCUGAGAUCGUCCGGCAUUCCCUACCUCCAGUAAACUCUGACCUUAUUACAUAUGCUCCAUGGUCUGGACACUCCUAGUGGUAAGUUACACUACCUAGGAAACAGAUUGUGCAGUUGACGUAUUAGGACCAAGAAAGAUAUAUAUAAUUUAUAUACUGUUGCCUAGAACUUUCUACAUGAUGGAAUGUCAUACGAGACGUCCUACACUUUGAGUUAUAGUUCUGCUUUACACAACAUUACAUGAACCAGAUCCAAUGCACUCACUAACUUUUCAUUCUUGUUUUGUUUAAUGUUUACACUUUUAUAUCUCUAAAGGGGCUCAUUAAAUUAGCCGUAAUCUUCCGUUGGAGCCUUUCUCAAUGUGCAGCUACGUGCUCUUCAGGCUAUUGUGGUAAGUAAAAAAAAUAAUAUUGCCUAUUUUUGCUCGCCCCUCAGUGAGGAGUGUGCAGAAAUAAGCAAUGGUUUAGUACCUUAACAUCCCGUGGUGUGUCAUCGCACUAGGGCUCCUUGCGGUUAAUAGAAUCAGCCCCUAAGUCUACACGGAGCAAAUGGGUACAAUCUGACCAUGCAGUAUAUCUCUCAGGAACCACAGCCUCUAAACGGAGUGUGUAAGCAAAUUCUUGCAGAGUGUAGCUUAGUAAAUAACAUUGUACUGCAGCAAUGUGUUAGGACUGGUUAAUAACUUAAGGGCCCUACACACUGGCCGAUUGGCCGCCGAGGUGCCCGACGGCCGAUACGGCAGACGGACAACCCGGCGGGUGGGUGGGGGUGACGGGCGGAGUGAAGUUACUUCACUCCUCCCAUCAUUUGGCCCCAUAGUCCUGCAUGCUAAUAUGGACGAUAUUGUCCAUAUUGACUUGUAGGCAUAAACGAGCCGGCACCCACAAUGAACGAGCGCGGGGCCGUGCAUUGUUCAUCGUUGGUGCAUACACACUGGAAGAUAUGAACGAUAUCUCGUUCAUUAAUGAAUGAGAUCGUUCACAUCUUUCAGUGUAAUAGGCCAGUGUGUAGGGCCCAUUACAGUUUUAAUUCUGAAGUACUAUUUGCUGCCUAUUGUUGCAAAGAAGAGGUUUUUUAUUUCUUUUCACUUUCACAGAAAUUAGAUCCAAAUCAUGUCCUUUUCUGAACCAUAUACUGUAAGUUCUGUUUAAUUCUGUCUGAUGGUUUAUUACUGAACACCAUUUGCGGCAGCCAUUUUGUUUGAACAAGGGGCGUUCCAAUCAGAGAACACAAUAUUUGUUUUAAAAGUUUUGGAACUACUUUAACUACAUAGUACAAAGAUCAUUGUUGAGCUGUUACCCAUACCAACCAGUCAUAGCCUGCUUUUCAGUCUGUAGUAGUUGCAUUAAUAAAAUCUUGUAUCUGAUUGGUUUAUGUGGUUUGCAUUGAUCUUUGCACCUUUGUUAUUAAAUUGGCACCUGUUACCUAUUGUGGUAACAAUUGUUUCUUCUACAUUUAGAAAAUGGCUUGUUUCCUGUUGUUUUCUUGUAUAUUUGCCUGAUCGGAGCAGCAAAAUUCCAAAUCAAUCUACGUUUUGUAUAGUUCUAACUUUUGUAUAAUCCAUUUAGCACAUUUUAUUCAAUUUACCAUGCUACUUUUCAAUUUCCCAGUGCCUCGUUCAAAAUAUCUUUAUGGAUCUAAUUUUGUUCUGUGAAAUAACAACAUAAACUGCCACCAACCUUUUAUCCAAAUAUCAUUAUCUUUGUCAUUUUUUUUAAUGAGCUAUUUAAGCAAAAUGUGUAAUACAGCAAUUUCUCUCUUACAAAUAUAAUCUAUACCCCUAUACAGUGAUUUAAUUAAAUAUGCUGUAACACUGCACUAUUGUACAUAACACAUUUAUAUACAUCGCACAAAAACAUGUUCUAUGACUGUUUCUAUUCAGCAAAAGAAAAAUAAUGACAAAUUAUUUAGUAAAUGGCUGCCACUUAGAGACAUAUAUUACUGUAAAAACUUGGACAUGAAAACGAAAGGAUGUAUGAAAUUCAGACUCUGUAAUCACACUUGCCUGUGGGAAUUUACAUUUGGAAAAUAGACAACUGCAGUCAGAGACACAAUAAUGUAAUUUUAUUUUAUAUAUUUUUACAGUGGGACGGAAUUUUUUUCCUUUUUAACAGGUGGAGAGGCACUGUUAAAAAAAAAAUUAAAAAAAAAUUGUUUUUGUUUUUCAUUUAUAAAGAUGUAUACAACAGUUACUGGUAUACAUUAUUACAGAGCAUAUUCUUUUUCACAAGCAAUUUCAACUUUUCAUUAAAAUGUGUGUUUGUAAUUUCGUACUAACGAGCAUAUUCAUGAUGAGAAUAUUAUUUCAGGUGCACUUUUAUUGUGGUGCUUUGGGGAAGCUGAGAAAUAAAAUCUCCUGGAGGGCUAAUUAAUUAUGUUUAGAGUCACAUAAUGUGUUCCAGUCACCUACACUCAGCGGUGGUGGCCAUUUUGUCAGCUAAACCAAUACUCCUGAGAAUGCAGCCUAUGAAUUCCUCAGAGACAUUACUCCGGAAUUGCAGUUUUUCCUUGUGCCUCAUUUUCUCUGUAAAAUCAGUAGUCUCUAGCAAACUGAAAGGCUGCUUGUUUUACAUAUUAAUCUAGCACACAAAAUGGCUGCUUCACAGUGCGUAGCUGACAGGAAUCCUGGCAUAUGUUGUGAGUUGUAAUUGAUGGAUUACUACUCCCGCCACACUCAAUCAGCAUCUUCAUGUGUGAGAUGUGGGUGUUGCAUUCUAGUGUCGGGCAACUCAAACUCAGUUGGUGCUUAAGUGUCUUCCUCUGGGCUGUACAGUAUUUCUGAGAACUUUUGGUGUCUUCGCAGAGAUAAAUUUCUGUGGGAUGUAGUCAGCAUCCCGAUGGUCAAAAUCCCAAUGCUCACAAUACCUGCAGCGGGAUCCCUAUGGGUCAAAAUGCAGACAACUUCAAGCGGUUAGGGCUAGGCUGCAGGGGUGGAGGAGUGGUUAAUGUUAGGCUACGAGAGAGGUGGUUUGGGAUUGGGGUUAGUCUGAGAAUACGUACCAAAAAUUGCUGCCAUUUUAGCCGCUGGAUCCCGCCGCCAGCAAACUAACCGUCGGGGUGCCGUACCCAACCCGUUUCUGUAACUUUGUCCAUGCAAGCGUUGCAAUAAGGUCUGAUGUUUGCAUCUGUGAGGCGCCAGACCUGUUUAUACCAAAACUUGGAUAGGCUGGUCAGCCGUGGCCCCAUUACCCUAUUAAUAUUUCCAUUGUAUGCCUAUUAUUAUUCUUUUCAAAAGUGCCUCUUUAUAUACUGUUCAUCAAAAAAAUGUAGAGUUUUUUUGUGUUGUUUGUUUGUCUGGUUGAUAUUUUUGCUUUUCUAAGUGUCAAUAAGAUUUAGAGUAACAAAUUAAAAAUAAAAAAAGCCAAUUUUUUUUUCCCUGAAGUUCUUAUUCUCUUCUGUUGAACCUACUAGGGGGUUUGCAAUAUACGCUUGUCUCGAAUCCCGUUGUCACCCUUCUGAGUUCGUUUUCAUGAUGCCAAUGUAAAAAGAGAAAAAAAAACAAAUUUUGAUCAGUGCUGAUGUAAUUAGAGGAUUUCUGUAUGGUGUGCAUUUAAAGAAAAAAAAAUGUUUUUUUAAAUCUGUAUCCAAAGGAUAAAUCUGAACAUUUGUAAAUGUCUGUCUGUAAAAGAGCUUUGAGAUCGUAGUGAACUUUAGUUAGUAGCAACAAGAAUGUUUAAUAGUAGAAGAGAAAGACUGUUUUUAUUAUGAUGUACAUUUAACUAUAGAAAUAUGCAAUAAAAAAAAAAACAGUACUAA